CUUUGUGUUACUAGUUCAAUUUUCAGUACUCAUAUGCUUGCUCGUAGUGAUCAAAAGUUACGUCGAACGUAGUAUUGGAAUCGCUGUUCGAUUUUUGUAAACAACCUAACUCACAAUCAGUCAGCCAGACAGCUGAUGUGUGCCGUUACAUUAUACCUUUACACCUAUUUUUUUUUUGUACUGGCACAAACUGGAUUGAGAGUUAUAAAAAAUAACAAAUAGAAACUUGUUAUCGGGAUCAAUUACUACAAAAAAAAUUGAAAUACUAGUCAGUCGCGGUUAAACCGUUUUUACGUAGAUAAAGGCAGUGCAUUACAAUUUCGUAUUAAAGAAUUCGUAAAUAUCAUCGAAACGUCAGAUACACGCGUCAUCCGUGUGAUACCAGAGCUGUCUUCUUCUACCAACUGGUUUUUAUCAAAUAAAAAACGUUCUUUUCUUCAAGAGAGUCAGAGUUUGCAAAGACCCCCCAGUGAGAGGCUUAUGUAGUUGGAGAUAACUAACGCAAAAUUUUAUAGGCUCUCACCUACGCUCACGCCCUAACCAGUUCUACGGGCACAUCGAAUUUGUUGGCUCAGUAGUCAGCUUUAUCACAGCAGAGAACGAUGACGGACGUUGCUAAUUUCUCUGGUGUUAUCAACUUUGGUGCGGGACCGGCCAAACUACCUCAAAAGGUACUCAAAGAUGUGCAGGAUGAAUUUCUCAGUUACGCCAAUACAAAAAUUAGUGUUGUUGAGCUCAGCCACAGGUCGAGUGAUUUUGCAAAAAUUCUGGAACAUGCCCAAUCCAGUGUUAGAGAUAUAUUAAAAAUUCCCAAAAACUUCCACAUCUUGUUUCUCCAAGGAGGUGGAACUGGUAUGUUUGCAGCUGUGCCGCUGAACCUUUUAAAAAAAACAGGAACAGCUGACUACAUUGUGACUGGGUCAUGGUCUGCAAAAGCUGCAAAAGAAGCAGAAAAAUAUGGAAAAGUGAACUUAGUACUUCCUAAGACAAGCAAGUAUACUGAUAUCCCUGAUCCUUCGACUUGGAACCUGAAUUCAGAAGCUUCUUAUGUUUAUUACUGUGCUAAUGAGACAGUUCAUGGUAUUGAAUUUGACUAUAUCCCCGAAGUCGGAAAUGUUCCUCUGGUGGCUGACAUGUCCUCAAAUAUUUUGACACGCCCCAUAGAUUUUACAAAGUUUGCAGUUGUAUUUGCUGGAGCACAAAAAAAUAUUGGACCUGCCGGUGUUACACUAGUAAUAGUACGAGAUGAUGUAUUGAGAAAUCCUAUGCCAAUCUGUCCUACCGUUUUAGACUUCACUGUUAUGGCAAAGGAUAAUUCUAAUCACAAUACACCACCUACAUUUCAAAUAUACGUCGUAGGUCGAGUAUUUGAUUGGGUUAAGGAGAAUGGAGGAGUUGAGGGCAUGGAAAAGUUGGCGAUAACAAAGAGCAAAAUUCUCUAUGAUAUGAUUGAGAAUUCAAAUGGCUUUUACUACAGUCCUGUUACGUGUAAUGCCCGUAGCCGAAUGAAUGUUCCUUUCAGAAUUGGUGGCGAUGAUGAAGAAUUGGAAAAGGCUUUUCUAAAUGGAGCAUUAGCCAGAGGGAUGCUGCAGCUCAAGGGUCACAGAUCGGUAGGUGGCAUACGUGCUUCUUUGUUUAAUGCAAUUACCAUCGAAGAUGUGAAAGCAUUAGUGACUUACAUGGAAUACUUUUAUCGCCUUCAUCGCAAGCAGGAAAGCUAAACAGAUCAGUAAGUUCAAUCUUAUGUCAGCAUUUAUUGAUUGGCCUAAUUUUAUUGUAAUAUUUAUCUGUAAUAUUUCGUUCCAAAUUUCCUAAUUACAUUUUACCGUACGGAAUGUAAAUCAUUAGAUUGUUUAUAAAAGUGCAAUAUGUAAAAA